CACUUUUAAGGAGAGAAGACCAACGGCGGUUUGCUUUCGGAUUACCAAUAAAAACUACUUCCUCUGUGCAAUUGUAUCCAUUGUCUCUCCCCUUUUCUUCUCCCUCGAACCCUCGACCCGUAAUCCGAUCCGGGUAAUAUACGAUCGAAUACUCCAAUCCAACGAUCCAUUAAGGAAGCCGGCAGCUCAAUUUCCCAUCUUUAUGUUCUUUGCUGUUUAGGGUUUCCUUUUAUUGGUUCAAUUCUUUGAUCCGGUGACGAUUUCGAGGCGGUCAUGGAUUCGGAGCUUCAGGACUGGGAAUUGCUGCAGAGUUCGGAUUCUGACUUGGACCGGGUGAGCCCGGAGAGGAAUUUGGAGGGGAUUGAAGGGGAUACGGAAGGUAUGAUAAGGUCUGAUUACUUCUCUCUUGAUAAUCAGAGUAGGUAUGCUAAGACAGUUGCUGUGGAGGGUGAUGUGAGUGAAGAGGGGUCUGUUGAGUCAGAUAAUCCGAGUUGGAUUGAUCCUGGUUCGGAGACUAGGUAUGAGAGGAAGAAUUUGGGAGGGUUUUGGUCUGAUUCGGGUAGUGAUAGGUCUGAUGACCGUAAAUUGAGUGAUUAUGAGGUGAAAAACGAGUUGGGUUUAGUUGGAAAUGAGAAAGGCCAGUUGGGCUUUGAAGGAAUUGGGGAAAUGGAAGCAAAGAGUGAGAAUUUGGGGAAAAUUGAGUUUGGUAUUAGUAAAAGUAGUGAUUUUGAUAUGAAAAGUGAAUUGGGUUUUGUUGAAAAGGUAACUGGAGCAUCUGAUGACAAUCAAGUUAAUGAUAAGGUCUUGGACAACUGCUGGUCUGAUUCUGGUGGAGAUGGUUUGGUCUCCAUGAAGUUUAGAGAUGCUGAGAAGGAGAGUGAGAUUGAUCUUGGUGACCUUGCAAAGAGGACAGCUGAGUUAGAGAGCUCAGGAGAAUUUGAUGGUGGGAAUGACUCGACUAUCGGGACGGAAGGAGCUGUAGGGAAUUCUGAUGUCGUCGAUAUCAAAGAAAUGGAGUCUUCUCGUGUAAAUUCAGUUGGUAAGGAAGAGAAGAGGAGGAUAGCAUGGUGGAAAGUUCCUUUUGAGGUCUUGAAAUAUUGUCUGUUCAAGGUUAGUCCUGUUUGGUCCAUUUCUGUAGUAGCGACUGUGAUGGGUUUUGUUAUCUUAGGGCGCAGAUUGUAUAGGAUGAAACGGAAGCGCCAGAGCUUGCAGCUGAAGGUUACCGUUGAUGAUAAGAAGGUGUCUCAGUUCAUGAAUCGUGCUGCACGUCUCAAUGAUGCAUUUUCAGUGGUUAGACGGGUACCCAUUGUACGGCCUGCACUACCUGCAGGAGGGGUGAAUCCAUGGCCCGUGAUGGGUAUGAUGAGAUAAAGUGAUGUCAUAAACAUAUUAAAGGAAGCUCUAUUUACCAAAAAAAAAAAA